UCACAAGGCCUCUAAAAGCAUAAUAUAUAAGGCCGUACAGCAGUCCAAAUAACGGCAUCUGAUCUUGAGUGUUUUCAGAAAUCAACAGCAGAAGCUUCACCCAUCAUGAACGUCUUCCUGAUGUUAACCGUUAUUGUAGCCAGCAUCGUUCUGUCCGGUGCUGUGCAGCCUCUCAGCGCAGGUUACAACACCCGCUGCAUGUGUCUGAAACUGGAGUCCAGGAUCAUUCCACAUGACAACCUGCGGCGAGUGGAGAUCCUGCCUAGAGGCCCUCACUGCAAGACAACUGAGGUUAUUGCUGGUUUAUCAAGUGGAGAAAGGAUCUGUCUAAACCCCAGGACACCAUGGGUUAAAAAACUCAUUCUCUUCAUUGAGAAAAAAGAGCGAGCGGCCAAGAAAGGCUAGAAGACAUGGUGUGACUAAUAUUGCUUUCAUUCUCACUACUCAAAAGACACCUUAGUUUUGGAACAGAGGACCUAAAUUCUAGUUUUUGCUUCUUGAAAAAUAAGAUUUUUGUAUUCCUGUAUUCUGAGCCUCUCAUUUUGAUUGAUAUUUGUUUGUCCUGUUUAAUGAUUUCAGGACACCAUGAACCAAAUGAUGUGCUACACUACAGAUAUACAUCUGUUACACCGAUCGAUUCAUUGUUUUCAUUGUAUACAGAUACAAUCACAGUUUUCAGUGUUGUUUGUUGUUGCUGUUUUACUGCAGAAGUAUAUGGAUGAUGGUGGAAUAUAUGGAUGAUGUUUAUUAAUAAAUCUUUUCUUUUAUAAAAUCAA